AUGUCUCUUCCAGAUAAUCAAAUUAGAAAUGGACUUGUUGAUUCAUUUGUUCAUUGUAUUGAACAAUAUAUUGGAAAUUAUCAUUUAAAUCCCGUUGUAGAAGCAGAAGCAGAAGGUGUAAUGAGAACAAUCAUUGCAUUAUCGCAUAAAACAUUAGAAAAUCAUCAAGAUUAUCAAGCACGAAUUACAUUCUGUUAUGCUGCAACAGUAGCAUUAAAUACAACACUUUUAUGUGGAGUACAACUUUGUGGAGGAGCACAUGCAAUAGGACAUGAAAUAACUAAUUAUUAUGGACUUGCACAUGGAGAAACAUUAGCAAUUACAACAUUAGGUGUAAUGAGAUUUAAUAAAGAGAAAAAUAGAAAGAAAAUAAUUCAAAUGGGAGAACAAGUUUUUGGAAUUAAGAAUAGUACAGCAGAAGCAACAAUAGAAGCAAUAGAGAAAUGGUUUAAAUCAAUUGGAAUGAAAACAAAAUUAUCAGAAUGGGGUAAAGGAAAAGAAGAAUUUGAAAAUAUUGCAAGAAAAUUUGAAUAUAAUCCAGUUGGUGCACAUAAAGACAUUGAUUAUAAAGGAUGUCUUCAAAUUCUUAAUGAUAUUUAUUAA